AUGCCCCGCGGGAAGAGGGACCCGGUGCUGCUGCCCCCCGAGGGCGAGGGUCCCCACGCGGCUGCGGACGGCCGGCGCUCCGCGGAGGAGGAGGAGGAGGAGGAGGAGGAGGAGGAAGACGGACACCUGCCGGGGCUGCCCCGCGACGACCUCACCAAGACCCGGGGCGCGGCCACAGCUCUGCACGGCAGGGUGGGCUGGCCUUUCCCCGCCGCCGGGGACGGGGAGCUGCUGGGCAAGGAGCAGUUCGAGUGCGUGGACGUGGAGCUGGAGAGCGGCGAGGCCAGGAAGGGCUACGGCAAGAAGAGGACUGUGCCCAAGCGGCAGAUCCUGCUGAAGAGGAAGGAGAGGAAGGAGCCGGGCUUUGGCCCGCGGGGGGACGGCCCAGCGCCGCAGCCCCCCGCCAGGAAGGAGCCCCCCGGCAAGGGCAGAGCAGCGGGCGAGGACUUCAGGCUCAACUACCAGCAGUUCAUGAAGGCGGCGUCCCUGGGCACCGACAGGACCAGGGCGGCCUCGUGCCUGGUGAAAAACGUGCUGGCCAAGAAGAUGCAGUACGAGCAGCGGAUCAAGAUGGAGCAGAAGGGGAUGCGGGGCAGCUCGACCUCCUCGGGGCCGUCCUCCGCCGGCACCGACCUGCUGGGCGAUGGGCUGGAGGGCAAGUCCAGCUCGCUGUCCCGCUCCGACUGCAGCUUCUCGGCCGAGGACCUGCGCGCCGGAGCGAUGCCGGUGGCCACGGCGGCCGCGGCGAACGCCACCACCACCGCCAGCCAUCCCACCAAGGGCGUGGUGCUCAGCGAGGCGACGAGGGAGACUGUCUGCAACCUGAGGAAGACGUUCAACGAGCUCAACCAGAGGAUGAAGUACCAGGAGGUGCUGGAGGGCCGCUGGCUGCCCGCGGCCGCGGAGGAGCACACGUCGGAGAGGAUCUGCUACCAGCGAGCCCGCGCCUUGUUCGAAGCCCAGCCUGGGGUGGGGAAGGUGCUGGAUGUCGCCCCCCGCUUUGCGAGGGCGCCGAGGCCGUGGCCCAGCCUGAAGGAGCGAGCCAUCGCCCCGGCUACAGAGCCCUACCCGCCCGCUGGCCCGGCAGAGAGCACCAGCUACUUGGCAAUGCCCGAGAGAGCCCCCAAACCCACGCUGAUGCCGAAGCUGGCCUCGGUCCCCAACCCAGCCAGUGCAUCCUUUGGGACCCCCUUUGUCGCCAGCCCGGCCAGCGCCUCUUUUGGGGCUCCCUCAGCCCCCAACCCGGCCAGUGCAUCCUUUGGGACCUCCGUGGUCACCAACGUGACCAGCUCAUCCUUUGGCUUCCCGUUAGCCUCCAGCCUGGCCAGCACAUCGUUUGGGACCCCCUUGGUUUCCAGCUCCAACAAAUCUUUUGGGGCCCCUCUGGUCCCCAGUCUGUGCAGCACAUCCUUUGGGAGCCCCUUGGUGCCCAAUCCAACCACUGUGUCCUUUGGGUCCCCUUUGGUCCCAAAUCCAUCCAGCACAUCGUUUGGGAGCCCUUUGGUGCCCAAUCCAUCCAGCACAUCCUUUGGGCCUCCAUUAGUCCCAAAUGCAUCCAGUGCAUCCUUUGGGAACCCCUUGAUCCCCAAUCCAUCUGGCACAUCCUUUGGGUCUCCCUUGGGCCCAAAUCCAUCCAAUGUAUCCUUUGGGUCCCCACUGGUCCCCAAUCCAUCCAGUGCAUCCUUUGGGUCCCCACUGGUUCCCAAUCCAUCCAGUGCAUCCUUUGGGUCCCCACUGGUCCCCAAUCCAUCCAUUGCCUCUUUUGGGUCCCCAUUGGUUCCCAGUCCAUCCAGUGCAUCCUUUGGGAACCCCUUGAUCCCCAACCCAGGCUCAUCCUUUGGGUCCCCCAUGGUCAGCAACCCAGUCCCCACUUCCCUUGGGCAUCCACCAGUCUCUAACAUGCCCGGCUCUUUCUUUGGAUCCCCCUUUGUCCCCAGCCCAGCCAGCGCUCUGCUGGGCACGGGUGCCUAUCCCCUUCCUGGUGGAGAAGUGCCCUGGAGCAAGCCCAGCCCUGAGCCCCCCCUGCCCCGACCUCCCGAGGGCCCGGCUGCUGUGGAGCCCCCAGCCCAGCCCCACCUGGAGGAUGCUCCUCAUUUCCUCAGGAGGACCGACGGCCCCUCGCCGAGUGGGAGGAGCAGGCAAAGCCCCCCCAAGCCCUUCUCCGCCCCCCUGCCCGCCCAGCGGAGGAUGCUGGUGGAUCCCAGCAGCGGCAAGUGUUACUACAUGGAGCCGCCGCGGCAGCCCCAGAUGAAAACGCUCUACGACCCCGAGACCGGGCAGUACCUGGAGGUGCUGGUCCCGCCGGUGGCAUCACACACCGGCCUCUACCAGGCACCUUUCAACCCCCUGCUCAUGGCCCCGGGGGUCUGUGGCCCACCCUACGCCCACUACGGCGGCUUCCCGGGGCUCCCGGCCCCGCCGCCCCCCGGGCCGUCCCCCGCCGGGGGUCCCGACUGCGGCUACCUGGAGAGCCUGUACUACAUCCCCACGGGGAUGCGGGCCAGCCCCGGCCCCGAGCAGCCCCCGGGCCGGGCCAGCCCCGCCGCGCCCGAGGGGUCUCUGCUCCGGAUGUGACGGGAUGUCCCCUCCCAUGGCCGGGCUUAGCCCAAAAUCCGCAUCGCCCCUGCCCACGGCUGAGCGGGCAAAGCGCCCGGGGGGAGCGGGCACUGGUUGGACUUCACUGGCUUCUCACAGAAACGGGGACAAAAAGGGGAUUUUCCGCGGCGGGCAGCUGGCAGCCCUAGGGGGACAUGGGGCUGUGGGCCCCCCCCGCGCAGCAAAGGGACCGCACAGUCCCUGAUUCCCCCUGUCCUGCCAGUCCCAUCCCAAGGAUGACCCGGGCUGCUUGGCACAGGGUGGGGGGAUGGCCUGGCCACCCCCAGCCCCCCAGUUGCAGCUGCAGCACAGA